AUGAGUUGUUUCCAAGGACCUUCAUCCCUUAAGAGGAAACGGCCAGAACUGAAAUCUCCAGCUCAAUCUCUGACUGAACAUGAGCGUAUCCUCUACGAUGUGAUUCGAAGCAAACAAGAUAUUGGAAUCUGGACCAGAGAUGUGAAGAAAGAAGCCAAACUUCCAGAUAAUGUGGUAAAUAAAUCUCUCAAGGCUCUACUGGUCAAAAAUUUGAUAAAAGAGGUGGUGAACAUCCAAAACAAGGGGAGGAAACAUUUCAUGGCAACAGAGUUUGAACCCUCAAAGGAAAUCAGUGGAGGGACUUGGUAUCUUGAAGGGAGCCUUGAUAGGGAGUUUAUUGAGGCACUGAAGCAGCUAUGUAAAGAACAAAUAAGAUUGUCUGGGGUUGCCACAUUGGAGGAAGUUACAGACUCAAUUAAUAGACGUCAAGCCUUCAAUGUUGGCAUGACAAAACAGCAAAUUGAAGAGAUCAUGAGGACUUUGGUUUUGGACAAUGCAAUCAUGGAAGUGAAGAGUAAUGGGAUGGGUGAGUUUGCUUCUAUUCCUUUUGGAAAAGUUUGCUAUAAACGCAUUGGCAAGGGAGGCCUUAGAGGGGAACCAAAAGCAGAAGCAGGGGCAUUAGCUUCCAUCCCAUGUGGAGUUUGCCCACGGAUAAGUUAUUGUACACCUGAUGGAAUUAUCUCUCCAAAGACUUGUGUUUACUUCAAGAAGUGGUUGGAUUUUUAA